AUGCAUUCACAAAGUAAAGAAUCUAAAGCGAUUUAUGUUUUAACUCAGUUUUAUGAUGAUUUUAAUGAAAGUGAAUCAUAUAAUUAAUAAUAAUCAAAGCUUUAUUAAAAAGUUGUGUUGGUACAAGAAAUUUACUUUAUGAAAAAUAUGAUAUUGACUUCAAACAAAAGAUUACUUAAUUGAUAGGUAGUUAGAGUUUAUAAAUAGAUUUCGGUCAAUCAAAGAUGAAACCACUACUUAUAGAGGGAUUUUGACAUUUAUCAACUUUGAUUUAAUUUCUUAUUCGUAAUGGGAAGGAAUCGAAAAUAUUUUGGCACAGGAUUUGUAGAAGUUGGAGAAAAUAAUUUAGAAUUUAUAUGAAUCUAAAAUUAGAAAUUGA